GCAGUGUACGCGCAGAGACAACAACAGGAAACAUGAGGCCGCUGCCUGCUGCCGUCUGGAGGGGCUGGCCUCCCGGUAAUAACUGGAGUCAGGUAACCACCGGACAGACCGACUCCAGUCCUCCUCACAGACCGGGUUACACACGGAGGGAGGCGGUGUGUGUGUGAGAGAGAGAGAGAGAGAGAGCGAGAGCGGCUCUCCGGGACGGUUUCACCUCGCGCGCGCGCGUGUGUGUGUGGGUUUUUUUAUUUAUAUUUUUUUCUCAUCAACGACACAACCUUCUCUCUCUCUCGGAAACAAACUUUACAGAUCUGUUUAAAAAAAAAAAAAAAAAAAAAAAAAAAAAAGUUUGCUCAACGCGACGCCCCGCCGCUCAUGCUCACGAGCGUCGCGUUUUUAGGAGCGAGCUCAGGUGUUCAGCCGCGCGGGGAAGUGAGAGCUACUUUGUUGCUACUUUGUUACUAUUUACGCUGGAAGGAAGAUUUCUCUCUCGAUUCUCUUUUUUUUUUUUUUUUGCUUCGCUUCUGAGUCGCUUGUGAACACCUCCACUUCUCCACUUGGUUUCCGUUCCGCCCUCCUCCGGUGUACUGGGACUUGACAUAUCAAGUGGACGAGUUUGAACAGCUGCCAGGAUGGAUGAGACGGAGAAGUACAAACAGCGGCUGGAGGCCAUUGCUGAGAAGCGCCGGCUGCAGGAGGAGCAGGACCGAGCCAGGAGAGACAUGGAGGACGAGAAAAUCAGACUGCAGCAGCUCAAGAGGAAGUCUCUGAGGGACCAGUGGUUGAUGGAGGGACCUCCUUUGUCCCCAGCAUCUCCGGAAGCCCAAGGCCCCCGCUCCCCUCUUUGGGGCUCCCAGGCCCAGGAGAUCGAAAAGCGCAUUGACAAGUUGCAGUCAGAAAGUCAACGGUUGGCAGAGGAGGAAGAGACGCUGAAGGAACAGAUGGGGGAUGGCCAAACGGAGGCGGUGAUAAAAGCAGAGGCUGAAGCAGAAAUGGUCCAAGAUGCUGUUGUGCAGAACGGAGACAACAAUGGAUCCGAAACAACUGAAGACGAAGUGAAGACAGAAAGCAGCCCGCUGGGUGAAACUGCAUCUGUUCUGACCAAUGGAGAAGCAGACGCCAAUCACGACAUCCAGGCCUCCACCAACGGGCCGGUAGAAGCCUCUGGGGGUGUUGGCUGCAUGAAAUCGGAGCCUGGAUUGAGCUUGGCCGUUUCUGAGGCAGAGCCUGGGCAGGUUCAAAAUGUCAACUCCAACAAGGAGGAGGAGGAGGAGGAGGAGGAGGAGGAGGAGGGGAUUCUGGUAAUGAGAGCAGAGCGUGUGAUCAUCACAGAUGAAGGGGAGGAUGUACCUGAGGAUCUCACACCGCAGCAGGAGACCAUGCAGUCAGAGGAAGCAGGCCACGGGGGAGGGGAGGCAGUGGAGGGAGAAGUUACAACAGAGGCAGCUGCAGAAAGGUUCACACAACCGGAGAGGAGUGAUGCGACUGAACCCGCUGCAGAGGAGCAACCGGCGACUGGAGACGGAGGGUCGCAGGGUGACGUGAAGACAGACGAAAACGGAGAUGGAGAGAGAAAAUCUGAAGGACAGGACGAAGAUUCAGAAGAACCGAUUUCUGUACAGGUGCAGUCCCCAGCUAGCGCCCCAGAGGUCACUGUGGUGGCUUCGGUGCCGGUCUACUCCGAGGCGCAACCCUCAGCUCUGACCCCCGAGCUAGAGGCUGAGGGUGAAGCUGCAGCGUCACCAGAGGGAGCUGAGGCAGCAUUAAAAGCCCAAGGCCCUGCCACGCUGCCUGGACAGUUCCAGGAGGUGCCACUGUCAGAUCCCCAGGAGAACCAGAGGACACAGGCGAGGCCGGGGGAGCAGGAACCCCUUCUGUCCCAGGCAAAGGCCAACGACACCCAAUCAGAGCCAGCAGCAGCAGCAGCAGCAGCAGCAUCCACCAGCACAGAGAUGCACAGCUCGAGCAGGGCCGGCCAGGGAGAGGAGGCUCAGGCCCCCAAACACAAAACCUGCCAGUGCUGCUCCGUCAUGUAGACGCCCCCUCUGUACAUUCCUUUCCUCUCUCCUUCUUCAGUCCCUCUGCUCCUCAAUUCCACACACACUCCUUCCCUCGUCUCUGUGUUUCACAUCCUUUUUUCUAAUCGCCCCACAAGCUACUUCCCUCUCCUCCAUCUAUUUUGUGCCCUCACUCCGUGUAUUAAUCUUAAAACCUCCUCAAUCCCACUCUUGAAUUUUAAUACUCCGAGAGGAAGUGAACUCUCUCCAGUGUGAAGACAGGUUGGACUGGACUUGUCAGUGUUUAAGUGCCUUGAGGAGCUCUCUACCCGGAACUACUCUUUUUAAAUUCUCUUCUCACACAAUGUGGACAAAAAUGUUUUUCUUUCCGUUGAUUUAAUUUUCCUGGUUAGCAGAUGAGCUAGCCAAUCUACAUAGGAUUAUAAAACCCACAUAGUUGCUGCAAUUGAGCAACAAAAAAACCCCAGACUGUCUUAUUUUAUACUGUUGCACAAGGACAUUUUCAUAAUCUAUAUAUGACAUUUUACGUCAAAAGAUCUGGAGAGUUUCAAAGAGGACUUUCUUCUAAUUUAAGGAUUUUAAAGCUGAAUUAUUUUGUGGAUUUUGAUCUUUAAUUAGAGACACUUUUAAUCCAAGUAUAGCGCAUUAACAUUUAUAUUCACUGCAAUACAGGUUUUGACAAUACACAGACUAAUGGUAUGAAAUGGUGUAAUUUAUAAACAACAGCGUGCACCACUGAAUAUUUUGUGGGACGUAGACAGUUUUAAAAGAGAAAUUAUUUUAAGAUUACUGAAAGUAUAGAUUUUGUAUUUUUACCAGAUGUGCUUUUGAAAGAGGGGCUCCAGAGCUCCUGACAUGGAUGUGUAAACCGUAUACAGAAACAUGUAGAAUUGAGAGUGUCUGAUAUGUCAGCUUUGAAAUGAUUGAUGAAUGGUUUAAUGAUUAAACUGACAUUUGUGAUA